AGAAAGGACACAGGAGAAAGAAGGAGGGCAGAAAAGAAGGUGAACGAUCAUGAGGUGCAGAACAUAAAUAAAUGCAGAGUUGUGGUAAAUACUGCAGCUGUUUGAGUGGGCUUUAGAGAGAAAGUGGGAGACGGAAAAAAGGGGGAGUUAGAAGGAGGUAGAAAAAAGUGAAGAGAAGAAAGAAAGGGAGUACAGCCAAUUGGCAUAGUUUGAGUUAUUCGGCUCAGCUCUAAAAAGUCUCAGGCGGCCCAGACUCUAAACCACACGGACCGAGGUCCUCUCUGCACGCUCUCCACUGCAACAUGGUGGGUGUGUAGAAGCAGCAGAGAUUUGGAUUCAGGGAUAUACACAGUUAAGAGACAUUGGUUGGUCUUAUUGUGGAUUUUGGUCUCCGAUCAUCCUCCUUGGGGCUUUACUGCACAAGCCAUAAGGCACGGUGACAAUUCAACAUCAAGAGUUAGACCAACAGUACAAUGGGACUGCAGAAUGGAGUAUGAUAUUGAUUUCUACAAACAUUUUGCCUGGCUCAGAAAGGUAAACCUUCAUUCAAACGGCAGCGGUGAGUCCUACCAGGAACGGUUAACGCGUCUGGAGGGAGACAAAGAGUCACUAAUUCUGCAGGUGAGUGUGCUGACAGACCAGGUGGAAGCUCAGGGAUCGAAGAUCAGCGAUCUAGAGAGUUCUCUGGUGGCGCAUCAGCACAAACUCAACUCCACAGAGGAGAUGCUACAGCAGGAGCUCCUGCAUAGGACGUCACUGGAGAGCCAGAAGCUGAGUCUUAUGGGGGAGGUGUCCUACCUUAAACUGAAGCUGGCAGACAUGGAGGGAAAACAGAGCCAUGGGGCUGAAAGGCAGCACAAAGCUGAGACCGUAGUUAAUUUCAUUAGUGAGCUGCAAGAGCAGAUGUGUAGGUUUCAGAAGGAAAUCAAUAGCAAGAUCCAAGAGAAAAAGGCCUCGGAGGUCCCGGCCGACAGCAGCUCUUCUGUGGUGUGCUGCACUGAGCCCACUGAGGGCAAGGGCUCCAACCCCGGGCCGUCCUGUGACACCAUCUCAGGGGCGACGCACAAACUGGAGGAGGCUCCAGACGGGUCUGAUGGGAACACACACAGCCCGGAGGAGGCUAGCUCAGAUGCAGAGCAACAGUACCACUAUGAAGAAGAAAGUGGCUUACUGAAGGAGCUCCGGAUUCUCAAGGACAAGGUGGAGCACCUGGAGGAUCAGAAGUUACAGUACGAGAGGAAACUCAAGGCAACAAAGGCGGAGAUCAGCAGCCUUCAGCAGCUUCUGCUCAGUAAGAACACUGAGAUCGAGAGCUUGCACACUCAGCUGCUGACCAGACCCUCUCUAUCCGCCGAGAGCUCGGAGAGAGAUCAGGAACUGCAGAGGCUUAAGAUUGGAAUGAAAUCACUGCUCGCUGCCAACGAUGAAAAGGACCGGCGCAUUGAAGAGCUCACCUUGCUCCUGAAUCAGUGCAGGCAAUUCAGAGAGGUCACUCACAUCACAAAACAAGCUCCACCUGCUGUUGGUUCAUCACCAAACGGGAGGACUCCUUCGUGCAGCAGUGAGGAAGGAGAGCAGGGCCUGCUGAAGAAUACUGACUCUGCCAGUUCAAAAUCCGAGGAUGUAAAGUCUGAAGUUUCAACAAGCAGCUCUUCCUCCCAUCUCACAUCACUUUCAUCGGUUCAGAAGGAAAGUGAUUUCAGAGCCGAACCACAGACUCUAUCAAGCAGUAUGAACGACAUAACAAAUGGACCUUCACAACAGAUUGGUCUGGGUGGCACCAGAAGUCAAACGAUGCCUGUGAAUUCCUCUCUGUCAGAGCAAAAUGGGAUCGGAGGCAGCAGCAGUGAAAUCCAGAGCCAAAGGUCUCCAGAUGGGAGCGAAGAUGGAGACUGCAGCCAAAGAAAGCUGGAGAAAGCGGACGACAGCAAUUCAAGCAAUAGUUCCCCAGUUCAUUGUGGGGCAGACACUCAGGGCGGCCAACGAGCCGUGGGAUCACCAGAAUAUAUGAAGAACAACAGGAGCAUCAAGAGACUCUGGGGAAAACUUCGAAGAACCCAGUCCGGGGGGCUCCAGGCAGCAGAUCCCGAUGCCGGUCAGUUUAGAAGAGGGGGGCUGCGAGCUACAGCCGGACCCAGACUGACCCGGACCCCUGAAUCUUAUGACUCUUCACGUGAUAUGAAUGUUCCAUUCAGCCAGUGGACCAAGGAGCAGGUGUGCGGCUGGCUGGAGGACUAUGGACUGGGCCAGUAUGUCAGUCUCUCCAGACAGUGGGUCGAAAACGGACAAACACUCCUGUCUGCUUCACCUCAGGACUUUGAGAAGGAGAUGGGUAUGAAGAACCCUCUACACAGGAAGAAGCUGCAGCUGGCUAUGAAGGCAUUCACUACCAAAGUUAUAGAGAAAUCAUCCGAGCUGGACUACAUCUGGGUCACCCGUUGGUUGGACGAUAUUGGUUUGCCUCAGUAUAAAGACCAGUUCCAUGAGGCCAGGGUGGAUGGUCGAAUGAUUCAAUACCUCACAGUGAAUGACCUCUUGACUCUAAAGGUCACCAGCCAGCUUCAUCAUCUGAGUAUCAAAUGUGCCAUUCAUGUGCUUCAUGCCAACAAGUUCAACCCCCACUGUCUUCGGCGACGGCCGGGGGAAGAGAAGCAGCCCAGUCCCUCAGAAGUGGUGCAGUGGUCUAACCACCGGGUGAUGGAGUGGCUAAGAGCAGUGGAUCUAGCUGAGUUCGCUCCUAAUCUACGGGGCAGCGGUGUUCAUGGUGGACUGAUUAUCCUGGAGCCGCGUUUCAGCUCAGAAACUUUGGCCCUGCUGUUGAAUAUCCCUCCUCAGAAGACUUUGCUCCGCCGCCACCUCGCCACUGCUUUCUCUGCCCUGGUGGGGACUCAGGCCACGCAGGAGAAGCGGGAGUAUGGCAAUGCGACCGGCCACGUUCCCCUUACUACCACUGCUAAAGUGAAGCCAAGAAAGCUGGGCUUCACCCAAUUCAGUCACCUAAGGAAGAGAAAACCUGAUGACUCUGCGGAUUACAUCUGCCCAAUAGACAGCGGGGCGCUGACAGUGAAUGGGGUUUCCCGAUUACCCUCUGCCGCACUCAGGGGCCUCAGCCCCCUCUUUGACAGACAAGCUGAGAGGCGGGAGCCGAUCGGGAUAAAGGUUGAUGCUAAUGGCCCCAAAGAAUAAUUUUAAAAUAACAUAGACUCACCACACUGCCCUCUCACUCAGUGACUUUUGUGAAUCAGUGGAAAUUCUGAUGCAGGAACGGAUCCGAGAUGGAUCGACGUGAUGAUUUUGCUGAAUGGGCUGCAAAGAUACUGUGUUCAGUCGGUGUGGUUAUUGUUCGCAAUGUUUUUUUUAAUCAGAAAUUUUGAUUAAUGAUGACGUUGUGUGAUAUGUUUUAUGAAAGCUGCUCUCUGCAUUCCUUCCAAAGCUUAUACUUUUGCUUUUCAACAAUGCAUUUCACCGACCAUUUUGUAUCUAAACUUCUGUUGAUCAAGGAUAUUGAUUACCUUUUCCUGUUAAAUAUCUGGAAUCACUUCAAUGUAUAUUUGAUGCCAGUUACUUCAAGCAUUGCUGUUUCUCAUCUCUUUGAGUGACAAAAGAAUAAAAACAAAGUUAAAUCCUUUUGAUGGUACAUUAAUAGUACUGUUCUGCACCUUCGAAUAAGGCUUGUUGUUAAACCUUGGGAACCUCCACCCCCGAAGUUGACUUGUUUCAUAAGAUUAUUGUGAAUAUGCAGUGAUAUAAUAAAUAUCGGAUCAACA